AUGGCGUCCAGUGGUUUUGUCCUUGCAGAUGAGCUCCUGCGCCUGCAGGAAGACGAGCUGGAGUUUGAGGCAGUAGACAUCGAUGCCCAUGGUGCAGAAGCACAGCUCGCCAUUGUCGAUCGCAUCGUCGAUGCGGUGGCGACGAUGGCGACAGCCGUGCAAGACCCCUCGAUGUACGGUGCGAUGGCGUCGUGCUGUAAACAUGUUGCGUCCCUGAGCCCAGGAGCAUGCCAUAAACUACUUGACUCUCUUCUGAGUGGGAUGAGUACAAUCACCGAGCAAAUUGCACACGAGACGGACGCUGGCCAGUUGCCGGCACUCGCCGAUCCUUUGGAACGGUACGCAUUCCUGCUCCAGUGGCUUGUGCAGUCGCUUGAAAAGCACCGCGCCUUGUUUGGAGGAGUGCAGCAGAACUCACAGCGUGGCGCUGCACGCGGGGCAGAUACGUGGACGUGGGCUUCGUCCAUCCCCGCGGUCCUGUCCACCAUGACGCGUGCUUUGCGCACUAUUUCGGACCACUUGUGGUCCUCUGCGGCGGUCCGCGAUACGUUUGUCUCUCGCUGUAUAUUGCGCCCUGUGAUGCUGUUGCAGGAAAAUGAGAGCUACUUUAAGUCGCAGGCGAUCAAGCGCGGCAUGGCAAAGGUGAUCUGCCUUGCAGUCAAAAAUCAUGGCCAAGCGUUUAACGUCCAAACCAGUAUUGCGCAGUCGCUGCAGUACUACGAGCAUAUGGCAGAGCCCAUGGCGGAGCUCCUGUACAUGCUGCGUGUAGAGUACGACGUGGAGCGACUCGCGGAAGAUGUGCUGCGCGACGCGGCAAGCAAGACGUUUACGAGCAUGGACAGCAAGAGUCCGCGCAGCUAUGGAAGAUUCCUUGUGCGCAUGGCAGAGCUGAACCCACACAGCAUCCUAAAGCAGAUCAGCUUGCUGCAAAAACAAAUGGAUAGUGAGUCGUAUCCGAUGCGGAAUGCCAUGAUCGAGGUGCAAGGCCACUUGAUCAAAGACUUGGCUAUGGCCCAGGACGAAGUUGCGCCCGUCCAUGACGAGAUCGACGAGGAAGUGCAGCGAAAUCCUCACCAGAAACAAAUCGAUACCUUCUUUGAGCGCAUCUUUGAGCGCUUUUUGGAUCUCACCACGUUUGUGCGCACAAAAGCAAUUCAGGUUUGCGCGGGCCUCUGUGACAUGCCCGUCAAGUUUGCCCCGCAGCGUCUCGAGAUGGCCGCAUUAGCCGUGCGGGCAUUAGAAGACAGAGGAAGCAAUGUGCGCAGGAAUGCGAUUGCAUUGCUGGUCAAGCUGGUCCUGUCGCACCCCUACGGGAUGAUGCAUGGAGGCGAAUUAGAUGCUGUUGCAUGGGAACAGCGCGCCGAGGUAGUGAAUGCGGAGCUGGCCAAGAGCGACGCGGCACUUGCAUUCCCCGAGCAGGAAGAAGAAGACCCCUCUUUGCCCGAACGCAAGCCGCGCAAGUCUGUGCUGGACCUCGACGCACUCGCCGCGUCGCAGCAAUCCAUGACUCAAGCUGAGCAGGAAAAGCUGACCAAGCUGCGUCUCACUGCUCAGUACUACGCCGAUGCACUCGUGUUCAUUUACGCACUGGAACAAAGCAUACUCAUCCUCGUCCAGCUCCUUGCCUCCACUAACAAGGCCGAAGUGCUAGAGAGCAUGGAGUUUUUUCGCAUUGCACACGAGUACAAAAUUCGUGGCGCUGCAGAGGGCGUGCGUGCGAUGGUGCACCUGAUCUGGGCAAAAGACAAUGCGCUUGUUAUGGAGGAUGGAAGCCAGCUCAAAGGCGUGCGCAGCAGACUGAUUGACGUAUACCGCGCACUGUAUUUUGACCCCUACCCCAACCUAUCGCGUACAGAAAACGUCGCGCGCAUUUCGCGGCACAUGAUGGAGCUCACACUCUCCGCCACCCUGGCGGAACUGACAAGUCUCGAGCAGUUGUUUAGCACCAUGCAGGCAGAGCACCUCGUCGCAGCAGACGUGAUUGACAAGCUGUGGGAAGUGUAUGCCAGCACGCGUCCAAUUGCCAAAGCACAGCGGCGUGGUGCGAUUAUGGUACUGAGCAUGCUUGCCACAGCUGAUCGAGCUCUUGUCGCGGACAAAAUCGAUACCCUCUUGCAGAUUGGCCUUGGGCCGCUCGGCAUGCGCGACUUUGUGCUCGCAAAGCAUACCUGCAUUGCGCUCCAGCGCGUCAGCGGAAGUGCGAAGAAGGUCAAAGGUGCGCUUAGCGAUGCCAAUGUGCGAUACCCGAUGUCACACCCCAUGUUUGCAAGGCUCCGCGCCGUGGUGCAGAUCCAAGGCACCGACGAUACGUGGUUCAGCGCGGCGGAGCACGCGAUCCAAGCGAUUUAUUUGCUUGGCGAACAGCCCGACGCACUUGCCUCGGAAAUGCUGCGGCAACUCACGCUUGUCUCGCUCGGCACGACAGCUGACCAAAACCCAUUCCGCAUUGCGCAGUUCCUCUUCGUCGUUGGCCACAUUGCCCUCAAAGAGAUUGUGUACCUCGAGUCGGUCGAGCGUGAAUUCAAGCGUCGCAAGGCUGCGCAGGAUGCGAGCGCUGACCAGGACAAACAACCAGGCUCCGAGCUGGAUCAGGUCGCGGGGAGUGCUGAAGACGAGGUUGGGGAUAUGGUUGCUUUUAUCAAGGACCGCGAGCUUUUGUACGGGCCCCAGAGCCUGCUUGCUUGCUUUGGGCCCAUGAUUACACACAUUUGCGCCAAUAUGCACGACUACCCCGACGCGCGAAUCCGGCGCGCAGCAGCACUUUCUCUCUGUAAAUUCAUGUGCAUUUCUACCGAAUAUUGCGAGGCGAAUUUGGCGCUGCUACUGCAUGUGCUCAAGACUUCGAACGAUGCGGUGGUGCGUGCGAAUGUCGUGAUUGGGCUUGGCGAUGUGGCCAUCUGUUUUGGCACGCUUGUCGAUGAAAAUAGCGAGCGUCUCUAUGCAGGACUCGGCGACGCGGACCUGAGCGUGAAGAAAAACACGCUCAUGGUGCUCACGCACCUGAUUCUGAACGGUAUGAUCAAGGUCAAAGGACAGCUUGGCGAGCUGGCCAAGUGCUUGGAGGACAGCGAGCCACGCGUGAGCGAUUUGGCCAAGCUCUUUUUCAGCGAGCUGGCCACUAAAGAGAAUGCUGUGUACAACAAUUUGCCCGAUAUCAUCAGCCAUCUCUCUACCGGGCAGCAUGCCGUGGAAGAAGAGGUGUUUACUAACACGAUGCGCUUUAUUUUCACCUUUAUCGACAAGGAGCGCCAGGCGGAGAAUGUGAUUGAAAAGCUUUGCCAGCGCUUCCGCCUCACGACCGAGGAGCGCCAAUGGCGUGAUAUUGCAUUCUGCCUCUCCUUGUUGCCUUACCGCUCCGAGCGGUCCGUAAAAAAGCUGGUAGAGGCGCUGCCAUUUUACCAGGACAAGUUGUACAGCCCAGAAGUGUACAAGCGCUUCACUGAAAUUCUCACCAAGAUGCGCCAAGGCAAGAGCGCACAGGCCAAGGCUGGCGAUACCGAUCUGCGCGAGUUUGAAGACGUACUCGCCCACGCCUCUGCCCAGGGAUCGCAGGAAAAGGCGUUGGAAAGCGCUACCAAUGCACACCUUGCGCACGCAGAAAAGCGGCGCGCCCCUACGAGGCCGAAACGAGGCAAGGUGGCCGCGACAUAG